CAUAAGAAGGUGAGAAUACUCACAACGAAGACUAGAAAACGACGCCAAAGGCGAUUCCAUUGCCGAGACUUAGGGCAAAGAAUAUAUUCGCCUAUACAUACAGAUACAGGCACUCGAUUCUACGCCAUUUUCUCGCCUCUUUCUCGCUCUAGGGACUUUGGUUUGGGCUGCUUGUGGAGGGAGGAAUUCUAGUCGAGUGACUUCUUUUAUUAGGAAAGAAAAGGUCCAUGGAGCUGCUGCGAUCGAAUCUCUCGCGGGUUCGGAUUCCAGAGCCUACCAAUCGCAUCUACAAGGAGGAGUGCUGCAUUUCGUUUGAUACUCCGAAAUCAGAGGGUGGUCUGUUUGUGGACAUGAAUUCAUUUCUCGCAUUCGGCAAGGACUUCGUGCAUUGGAACUAUGAGAAGACUGGAAACCCUGUUUAUCUGCACAUCAAAGAGACCCAAAAGCUAGUUUCUGAAGAUAGGCCAUCAAAGAAACCAACACUUCUAGCUAUAGGUGUUGAAGGAGGAUUUGAUAACAAUGACCCAGUGUAUGAGCAGAGCUAUGAAAUUGUAAUUUUACCAGAUUACGUUACCCUUCCUUUUCCAUGGGUAGAGUUGCCAGAAAAGGUUAGAUUAGCAGUUGAUGCUAUCAUUAUGAGUGUGGGUGUGGAGAAGAAAGAGCAAGUUGCUGCCUGGACUGCCGAUACAAAAAUCAUAAGCAAACAUGCCAUGGAAUUAAAACAGCUUGACAAUGGGGUCAUUGUUCCUCCAUCUGGCUGGAAGUGUGAAAAGUGUGAGAAGACUGACAACCUUUGGUUAAAUUUAACAGAUGGAUCAAUCCUCUGUGGUAGAAGAAAUUGGGAUGGAAGUGGGGGCAACGACCAUGCAGUUAACCAUUACAAUGUGACCAAAUAUCCUCUUGCUGUAAAACUUGGAACAAUAACUGCUGACUUAGAGGCAGCAGAUGUUUACUCUUAUGACGAGGAUGCAAGUGUUGUUGACCCACUUCUAGCACAGCAUUUGCAACACUUUGGUAUUGACUUUUCAUCCUUGCAAAAGACUGAAAUGACAACGGCUGAGAGAGAACUUGAUCAGAACACCAAUUUCGACUGGAACCGCAUUCAAGAGAGUGGACAGGAAGUUGAGCCACUGUUUGGACCAGGUUACACAGGACUUGUUAAUCUUGGCAACAGUUGUUACUUGGCUGCAACUAUGCAAGUCGUGUUCUCCACACGUGGCUUCUGUUCACGAUACUACUUGGAUCAAGGCUUGAAGGUGGCUUUUGAUACAGCUCCAGCUGAUCCAACUGUAGAUCUAAAUACACAACUAACGAAACUAGCUCAUGGAUUGCUUUCUGGUAAAUAUUCCAUUCCGGCCGCAAAGAAAGAUGAUGGAGAUGCGUCACAGACUACUCUAACUGCUAAACAAGAAGGAAUCCCUCCUCGAAUGUUCAAGUCCGUAAUUGCUGCAAAACAUCCUGAAUUUUCAACUAUGAGACAACAGGAUGCUUUGGAGUUCUUCCUGCAUCUUAUUGAUCAAGUUGAGCGGAACAACUCAGGGAAUCCCAACUUUGAUCCUGCAAGGAGUUUCAAGUUUGGCAUUGAAGAGCGAUUGCAAUGUUCCUCAGGCAAAGUUGCGUAUAACAAAAGAUAUGACUAUAUUCUUUCACUAAAUAUUCCACUCCACAAAGCUACAAACAAAAAAGAAUUAGAGGAUUUCCAAAAGUUGAAAGCUGAGAAGAAUGCAAGGGGGGAGGAACUGUCUUCGAAUGAAAUUGUUCGCCCAAGGGUACCAUUGAUGGACUGCUUGGAUUGUUUUUCUGCGCCUGAGGAGUUGCAUGAUUUUUAUAGCACCGCAUUAAAUGCCAAGACAACUGCGAUCAAAACUGCUGGUCUGACUUCAUUUCCCAAUUAUCUGGUAUUGCAUAUGAGAAAAUUCGUCCUGGAGGCAGGCUGGGUCCCAAAAAAACUUGACGUCUAUAUUGAUGUUCCUGAUACCAUAGACAUCAGUAAUAUGCGCAGCAAAGGUCUUCAACCUGGGGAAGAAUUGUUACCUGAUUGCGCUGCUGAGGAUGAUGGAUUAAAUGCCAAUGAGGAUAUUGUUGCCCAACUUGUGUCAAUGGGAUUUCAAUAUCUUCAUUGUCAAAAGGCUGCUAUCAGCACCUCCAAUGCUGGAGUGGAAGAAGCAAUGAAUUGGUUACUUAACCAUAUGAAUGAUCCAGAUAUCGAUGAGCCUAUUGGAAAAGCGCAAAAGAGUGCUCCUUAUAUUGAUCCAUCAAAGGUUGAUACGUUAAUAUCAUUUGGUUUUGAUGAAGAAGUUGCACGGAAGGCUCUGCAGGCAUCGGGUGGUGACAUUGAGAAAGCCACGGAAUGGAUAUUUAAUCCUCCCUCUGGUAUUACAAACAUGGAUACUACACCUAGUAGUAGUGGCACGGAGGUUGAUGCUGCUCUGCCUGAUGGACAAGGAAGAUACCGGCUUAUUGGAUUAGUGAGCCACAUUGGCACAUCCACGCACUGCGGGCAUUACGUUGCUCAUAUCUACAAAGAUGGUAGGUGGGUGAUUUUCAACGAUGAUAAAGUUGGUGUUUCCAAGAACCCACCGAUCGACAUGGGAUACUUGUACUUCUUUGAGAGAAUUGAUGGUUGAUUACUUGAGGCGCAGCUGCUGAAGAAUUAGCCAGGGAAAUGGUUGAAAACAUGCUUCAAGCAAACCUUUGAAUCUGUAGGCCACGCUCGUUUUCUUGAGUGAUUUUGAAGUCCAGGCUUGAGGUGUGAGUAAAGCUUCUCAUAAUUCUCGACCCAUUACAGUUUCUCUGCAAGAGACAUGAGCGAUCAUAUACCAAUAUUUAUGUUUUGUUCUUCUGUGAAACUUAACUUGGUCAAUAUCUUUUGUGAUUAUAUUCUGAUACAUGGGGGAUAUGAACUCAGGUGUUCUCCCCAUAUCAAAUUUAGGAAUUGUGACAUAUUUUAUCUUCGUCUGUUGGCUCUAUUUGUUAGUAAAACUCUAAUAGGGAUGGCAGGGCUGUUGGAAGGUUUGACAACUUGAAAUUGAUUAGUUCUCCAGUUGUGGAGUGGAAAGCUUCCAACGAACAAAUUUCAAUGUUGGUUUA